CAGGCAUCUUACGGCGAGAAUCAAGGCGGUUUCCGGAAAUCUCCUCUGACACCCGACUCGACUUUGACCGUCACCAUUGAGACCAAGCUGUUUGCUGCGUGAAACCCCAGGAGCGUGGGAAACGACUGAAUAUUCUACAUUGCCCGACUAUAUAAACGAGUACCAUCGGUUUGACUCUAACCAUGCUCUCAUCCCGUCCCAUAUUCAGAGCAUCCACUACUCCUUUCUGAGGCCCCUGAGUACAGUGACUCGGUAUUUAACAACGCGGUUAUACCUACCCUACACUCCAGGCUCCAGUUUGCUAGGAUCAAUCAUCCGCCAUGCAGCUCUCCCCUCUCGCAACCCUUUUUGGCGGGGCCACAUUCGCCGCCGUGCAAGCGGCCAACGUCACGACCGGGAAGCUGGGAGAUGCGCGGCCGGUCCGGAACAACCCGGUCAUCGGAGAGACAUGGGUGGCGACCUUCGACUCGACCGCCGUCAAGGGCGCUGUCACUGCCGUUGCCCACACCGUGGGCGUCAACUACACCAUCAACGUGACGGGUCUGGCGGUGGAAAAGGGUCCCUACAAGUACCACAUCCACGUGAAUCCCGUCCCCGAGAGCGGCAGUUGCACCGAGACGGGCGGCCACCUCGACUCGUAUGUACGCGGUGCGGAACCACCCUGUGACAGCUCAAUGCCGCAGACGUGCGAAGUGGGCGACUUGUCCGGGAAAUACGGCGCCGUGGCCGGGCCUGAUGUCAAGAAGGAAUUCAAUGACCCCUACACGGCCAUGAACACCAUCCAGCUGGGAUACGUCGCCAAUCGAUCCAUCGUGUUUCACGAUGAGAGCUCGGCGCGGAUCGCGUGUGCCACUCUCAAGAAGGUGGAAUCGGCUGACACGUGUCAGGGGUAAAGCUGUGGACGGGGGUCAAGGGGCCGCCCGAAAAGUGCUAUUGAGCCGAAAAUUAGGAUCAUUCAAUAUCUGAAACAGGUACGAUAGGUAUAUACAAACAUACGCCGGACGAGCGAUGCGCUCCUCGGGUCAGGAUGUCUUGAGGUGGUGGUGCAGAGACCUUACGGAUCUCGCAACCCGGGUUGAUGGUGCACUUCAAACCGGGAUAGUCCGCAUUCAAGUUUUUGUUGAUUCGUUGGAGGUCCGCGGAAGUUCAGUUGCAACUUGCCUCCAUAGG